CAAAUCUGCCCUCCGGGAGUCAAAAUCCCUCGAAUCGGAUCUAGGGAAAAAUAAAAUCCCCCAAAUCCAACCCCACGGUUUCCUCUCCGCCGUCGCGUACCUUUCGUCUUCCGUCCACCUACCCCAAUCCGGGCUCAAGAGCUGCUGCCGUGCCCUACCUCUCUUCCGCGGCGCCUCCGCCCCCUCCCUCACGCGCGUCGCCGCCGUCGCCGUUCCCUGGUCAUCCUCGGCGCAUCCAUGCUGUCUCAGCCCCGUCGGCAAUUUUGGCCAUUGGCUUCUGAGGUGCGUCAGCCCUAGGAGGGGAGAAAAAUUUCAGAAGCCAAGAAAGGUCUCACGAGCAGAGUAGGGGAGGACUUUGUUAGUGGACUCAGAGCAUUGCACGUGCUUGUAGAUGGAGAGGAUAACCACCAACCCGUUCUAUACCUCUGGAAUCCCAGUAACUGUGCCAUCACCUCUGCCUUCAACCACCAUGGAUGAAAGCUUUACAAGGCUUCCAGAUGCGCAGAAUGUUUUGCUGGAGAGGGAACUGAGAAGAACCCCUCUCCCGCCUCAUCAAAGUACUGUUGCUCCUAUUUGCGGGCAGUUUCACCCCAGUACUGGAUCUGUCGGGCCUCUGCGUUCGCCCCCGGCUGUAAGAUUCUCUUCAGUUCCGAACCCUGAGCAAUACAACGGUGCCAAUCCUUACAUUUCUCAGACGCCAAGCACUGGAAGUUCUUCAGCGAUGGUUUAUGGAUCACACCAUGAAGGCUUCGAACCUACUUUUAAUGAUUUUCCAAGAGAUGUUGGACCAACGUGGUGCCCUGAUCCAGUUGAGAGCAUGCUUGGAUUCUCCGAUGAUGUCCCUGUUGGAAACAAUUUGACUGGCAUCAGUCCUAUUGCAGCUACAGAUGAGCUCGCUAAGCAGACUGAAUGGUGGACCGAUUUUAUGAAUGACGACUGGAAGGACAUUGCUGACAACACAGGUGCUGCUAAAACUCAUACACAGGCUGGACCGCCUGUGCAAUCAUCGAUUUCAGUUGAUCAAUCAGCCAGCCAGCAAGUUGGUACAACUUCAGUUCACCAAUCAGCCCUCCAGCAAAUAGUUACAACUCAACCUAUAGAAUCAUCUGUAGUUGCUGCACCCUCACCCUCUGCCAGCUCCAACACCUCCAAGACACGCAUGAGGUGGACUCCUGAACUUCAUGAGCGUUUCGUGGACGCUGUCAAUCUGCUUGGUGGCAGUGAAAAAGCUACUCCAAAGGGCGUGCUAAAGCUAAUGAAGGCAGAUAAUUUGACCAUUUAUCAUGUAAAAAGUCAUCUUCAGAAGUACAGAACUGCCCGAUAUAGACCAGAAUUAUCUGAAGGUUCAUCAGAAAGGUUGGAGGCCUCAAAAGAGGAGUUGCCAUCUAUAGACCUUAAAGGGAAUUUUGAUCUCACUGAAGCAUUGCGUCUCCAGUUAGAACUUCAAAAGCGGCUCCAUGAACAGCUUGAGGUGCAAAGAAGUCUGCAGCUGAGAAUCGAGGAGCAAGGGAAGUGCCUUCAGAUUAUGAUCGAGCAGCAAUGCAAUCCUGCUGCAGACAAGGCGCUGGAUGCUUCAACCUCGGCAGAAGGACCAAAGUUAUCUUCUGACCCCCCAGAAUCUUCUACCGUGAAGGAUGUUCCAAACAACAGUCAAAAUGGAACAACCGAGCAAGCAGAAUCAGGUGAUAAGGAAUGAAGAUCUAACCAUGCUCGCCUGAAGUUGUGAACCCCACUAGCCAUGAAUUUGACUGGUUGCUGCCAAACUAGAAUCAAGUCGGUCUUUUAUCUUUCUGGGAGAAAGGGGUGAGCAUUUCUAUGAACUAGGUUUAGCUGUACAGUACCCAGUCACGGAAGCGAUGAUUCCGUGCCAUGUGGAUGAUCUAGGUUUCCAGAAGGCAGCGCAAGCAAAUUCACACUGAUGUACUGUUUUGAGGUGGUUUGACUUCUUGCUUUCGCCGUUGUUAGGAACACAAUAGCAUCUUAGGCAUUUGAUUAUGCACUAAUCCAAGUAUUUGUUAUAUUCUCUGCCACCUCAUGUGUUUGGAGCAUGUUUUAUGGUACCAAACAUGGUCAGGCUAUAUUUACCUUUAUUUCUUACUUUCAGUUAAUAGUUACCCUGUGUCCGCAAGGGAGCAAACCUUUUAAGCCUUCGGCCCUUACAAUGUUUACCGUGUGGCUUUGUAUUUAUGUGACUGCGUGAAGAACGCAGUGUUGGAUGCUCUUUUGAAUGACACCGGAUUCCCUGUAGUAGCUCGUCAAAUAAAUGAACUAAAAUUUUACAGUGA